ACCAAAAAAAUAGCUUAGGAAGAGUUGUCCCCCUGUUUCUGCGUUUUCUGUCUCUCUCUCUCUCUCUCUUUCUCUCGUCUGACCUCUUUGCCCAAUGGAUCCCUACAAGUAUCGCCCUUCAAGUGCUUUCAAUUCCCCCUACUGGACUACGAAUUCUGGUGCUCCAAUAUGGAACAACAACUCAUCAUUGACUGUUGGACCUAGAGGUCCAAUUCUUCUUGAGGAUUAUCAUCUGGUGGAAAAACUUGCGAAUUUUGACCGAGAACGGAUCCCAGAACGUGUUGUUCAUGCUAGGGGAGCAAGUGCAAAGGGGUUCUUUGAGGUCACCCAUGAUAUUUCUCACCUUACAUGUGCUGAUUUCCUUAGGGCUCCUGGAGUCCAGACACCUGUCAUUGUCCGUUUCUCCACUGUUAUCCAUGAGCGUGGCAGCCCUGAAACACUGAGAGACCCUCGAGGAUUUGCAGUGAAGUUUUACACCAGAGAGGGUAAUUUCGAUCUUGUUGGAAACAAUUUCCCUGUCUUUUUCAUCCGUGAUGGAAUGAAAUUCCCAGACAUGGUCCAUGCUCUCAAACCUAACCCUAAGUCGCACAUCCAGGAGAAUUGGAGGAUCGUUGACUUCUUCUCCCACCAUCCAGAAAGUCUGCACAUGUUCACUUUCCUAUUUGAUGAUUUGGGUGUUCCACAAGAUUAUAGGCACAUGGAAGGCUCUGGUGUUAACACCUAUACUCUGAUCAACAAGGCUGGGAAGGCACACUAUGUCAAGUUUCAUUGGAAACCUACUUGCGGAGUUAAGUGUUUGUUAGAAGAUGAGGCUAUCAAGGUUGGAGGAGCUAAUCACAGCCAUGCCACCCAGGAUCUCUAUGACUCAAUUGCUGCUGGAAACUAUCCCGAGUGGAAGCUUUUCAUCCAGACAAUUGAUCCUGAUUAUGAAGACAGAUUUGACUUUGACCCACUUGAUGUAACAAAGACCUGGCCUGAGGACAUCUUACCCCUGCAGCCAGUUGGCCGCUUAGUUCUGAAUAAGAACAUUGAUAACUUCUUUGCAGAGAAUGAACAACUUGCAUUUUGCCCAGCCAUUGUGGUUCCUGGUGUCUAUUAUUCAGAUGAUAAGUUGCUCCAGACUCGUAUCUUCUCCUAUUCUGAUACUCAGAGGCACCGUCUUGGACCAAACUAUCUUCAGCUCCCAGCUAAUGCUCCCAAGUGUGCUCAUCACAAUAAUCACCAUGAGGGUUUCAUGAAUUUUAUGCACAGGGACGAGGAGGUCAAUUACUUCCCUUCCAGGUAUGAUCCUGUCCGUCAUGCUGAACAGCACCCAAUUCCUUCUGCCAUCUUCAAUGGAAAGCGUGAAAAGUGCAUUAUUGAGAAGGAGAACAACUUUAAGCAACCUGGAGAGAGAUACCGCUCUUGGGCACCAGACAGGCAAGAGCGAUUCAUUCGCCGAUGGAUUGAUGCCUUGUCUGACCCACGAGUCACCCAUGAGAUCCGCAGCAUCUGGAUCUCAUACUGGUCUCAGGCCGAUAAAUCUCUUGGUCAGAAGCUAGCAUCUCGUCUGAAUGUGAGGCCAAGCAUAUGGGUUGAUUGAA